AUGUCGCCUUCGGUAUCCCUUCAAAAAGGCGACGUAUCAUACGCGGAGGCAGCUAAAGAUGCACAAAUACCCAAAGUCUCUUUCCCUGACCAAUUUGGCGAGUCGAGGACGAGUCCUUCGACUUCUACUCUCCAGCGACCUGACGGCAGCCCAUACAACACGAGGGUGUCGCAGACGCCGGACUAUGGUCGCAUAUGGACCCUUCUCGUGCACAUAUCUGGUGACAGCAAGGAGCAUGGCCAGCGAACCGUAUGCAAGUACCCUACGAUCCGACCCAACGCCGCUAUGUUCCAUUCGAGUUCGCAUGCGACUGAAGGUCUCAACGACGGAGCCAAUGGCCCUUCGAAUCCGUUCCAUUGCACUCUCCAGCCGAACACCGAGAGUCCUUCGUCUUACGCUAGUCUUCAUGAUACCGGAGAGGAUGGAAAGACUUUGGAGUGUAAUCGUACGCUUACAUUUGAUACCUUUGUCGAAGCGGCCCAAUUGGGCGACAACAACCCUUCGGAAACAGCCAAGCGGCGCCACCGCGAUCGAUUUCGAAGCUGGAUGAAGGCACGAGUGGAAGAACUACACUUGAUGAGGAAGUCUAGAUAG